AUGACGAUCGACGCACAUGUACAUUCGGAACCAAAGAGCACAGUCCUGCCUUACCUGAAUGGUGAUUACCUCCCAACAGCCCUCAAUCAACAGUUCACGAUCAUCAAACCACCGGCCGACAGUUCACUCGUCAUUGCAUCAUUUGCGCCUUCCGAUGAUCCACCUGUGGACAAGCCAUGGGCAGUAGGCGUCACCGAUUUCACAAGGAAGGGAGAGGCCGAAUUUUGGUUCUGGUCUUCCAUCGAGGCGAGAGAUGACAUUGACAACCCGGAACGCCUUGAGGAGGCCUAUGCUCUUCUCAGAUCCAUGAUCAGACUGAUUGCAGAGAAAGUCAAGGACAAGAAGACUCUGGCGAUUGGCUCUUUGCACCCUUCAUUUCACCGAUUGAUACCCAAGCAUUCGCUACGACGCACAAGUCAUGCCUAUACGAAGUUCGUGUUCACUCCUAAUGGGCUGCCGAAGAAAGUAGAGUCGGAAAUCUACGAUCUUCGAAAUGUUAGCGAUGUAGACCUUGAACAGGUUGUAACUACAUCCACAAUCAGCCGUACGGUCGACACGCUACGUCAAUCCUCCAGCACGGGUGCCUACCUUCGAAACCUCGAAACCCUGGACACCGGUGCACACGCUUGGUGUUUCACUGCGCGAGAGGGUACAAUUAGUUCACUCUUUGUGAGGAGAGAGCUGAGGGGAAAAGGCCUAGCGAAGCUAGUAGUGCGAAAGGAGCUGGAGAAGGCAUUCGAGGUCCGCGGGUUCGUGUGUGCGGACGUAGAAGAGACUAACGUAAGUAGCGUUAGGGUUUGUCAGUCGUUAGGAGCGUGGCGGCUGUGCAAGGCUAUCUGGGUAGACAUUGACUUGGCAAGCUUUUUGUGA